UUUACGGAACAGAACAAUAACAUUCAGGGGAAAAUGGCUGAUGAUAGCGUUCCAGAUAUAACCAGAUUUCAAAUGUAUUUAUUUGGUUGUACACUCAAAUCGGACAAAAAGGAGUUCAAAGUUGAGGAGGACGAUGAUGCGGAUCAUCAGCUGUCACUCAAAGCAGUGUGCCUGGGUGCUGAGGCAGAGGAUAAGUUUCACACGGUGGAGAUCGAGGGCAUCACAUACGACGGAAAGACCACCAAAAUUCCACUGGCUGUGCUGAAGCCGUCUGUGCUGCCCUCUUUGAAUUUAGGAGGGUUUGGGAUCACCCCUCCAGUAACCUUCCGCCUCCAGUCUGGCUGUGGACCAGUGUACAUCAGUGGACAGCAUUUUAUCAAUGUGAAGGACUCUGAUGACGAAGAAGAGGAAAACAGCUCGUCACCUGUGACGAGGCCGUCAAGUUUGACCUCAGGGAAGCGUCCAGCUCCGAAGAAACUGAAAAUGGAGUCAAAUGAUGAUGAUGAUAGCGAUGAAGAUGACGACGAUGAUGAUGAUGAUGACGACGACGAUAGUGAUGAAGAUGAGAGUGAUGUGAAAGUACAGAAGGUCCCAGUCAAACCAACCAUAAAGAAAAGCCCGGAGCCUUUGGGGCAGAAGCCUAAAAGUGUGACAUUGGUGCAGAAUGGCUCACCAGGCAAUCAAGGGGGACCAUUGGCUAAACCUCAAACCAAGACACCAGUGGGAGGAAAAGACAAGAGUCAGAAGGAAAAGUCUGGAGCUGGCCCAUCCAAUGUUCUCACCGUGCCUGAAAUCAAGAGCAAGCUAGCAUCGUUAGCCAAAGAGAAACCUCUUCCAACUGUAUUGGCAGAAUCAGCUGUACAAGGCCCACGUCAUAUUUGCCUCGUGAAUAAUACAGAAUUGGAAAACCUCUUCCGAAGACCGAGGCGAAGUUUGAAAAUUUUGCCAAAAGUUCUUUCAGGAUGUCAGAUAAAAAAGUGGUUAAAGACCUCUGGAACUUUGUACAAACAUUGAAAACAGAGAAGAAAUAAGUCAUUGCAUUUCUUACAGUUUUGUUGGAUUUUUUUGUUUUCUCUGCUUUCCCCAAGAACAUUGUAGCUCUAAUGUUUUAACCCAUUACUAAGAGCAUCAGUGAAUACGUGUGUAACAAUGUCCCCCCUGCUAAAGAAAUGGUGUUAGCCUACUGUUGGUGUCCAUCGGGGAGCCAUAGGCCUUUGCACUAUGGUGAUGUUUUGCAAACUGUUUCAUAUGUUCAAUCAAGUCCCUGCUUAUUAAAGGAAUAGUUCAUACAUGAUUUUCUAAUUACGUAGGUUGUUGUCGAUCGACCCAGUUUUAGGCGCGUAUGUGGGUUAUUUAGUCAUUUUCACCAGCAUCUGGUUAGCUCAUAAUGUUAGUAUUCUUAGCAUGUCCAUUGGCAUCAAUUGUGGCAAUGCUAGAAUAAACAUUCCAAAAUUACCAUAUCACUCCAGAGAUGAUCAUUAGUAAUUAAGGGAAUGAUUUCAUGACCGUCGCUUUGUAAAAAAGAACUGGGUUGCUAGACGAAAGCCUAGGUAAGUGGGAAAUUAUCCCUGUUUUUAUCCUGUUCUUUGUUAACUGUACCUUUAAUGAUGACAUUGUUAUUUGUAAAAAGUCCGUACAAUUUAAUGCGCUGUUAUGGUAGCUUCAAAAUACUGUAGAUCGGUUAUCGAAACAAACUCCUCUGGUUCUGGCUUGUGUAUUUUUGUUUUUAAUGUUUGUUUUAACGCUGCUCUCUAAUUUUGCGUUGAGUAUUGUUUUCUUUACACUUUUGUACACUGUAACACAUUAUGGAGGAGAAUGGAAAAUGUUUAUUGAAGAGAUUGCAUCACUCAUUGAGCUAAACUAUCAAUGAACCACACUGGAUUUAGGGUCUUAGCCAAUUGAAGCUUACAUUACAGUUUAAGAAGGAUUUUAAAGCUUUGAGACAAUUGAGACAUGGAAUGUGUAUGUGUGCCAUUCAGAGCAUGAAUGUAGUAGGUGACAAGAGCUCCAAUUGGCUAAGAUAUACAGUUGAAGUCGGAAGUUUACAUACACCUUAGCCAAAUACAUUUAAACUCAGUUUUUUCACAAUUCCUGACAUUUAAUCCUAGUAGAAAUUCCCUGUCUUAGGUCAGUUAGGAUCACCACUUUAUUUUAAGAAUGUGAAUGAUUCAUUUCAGCUUUUAUUUAUUUUGUCACAUUCCCAGUGGGUCAGAAGUUUACAUACACUCAAUUAGUAUUUGGUAGCAUUGCCUUUAAAUUGUUUAACUUGCGUCAAGCGUUUCACGUAGCCUCACAAGCUUCCCACAAUAAGUUGGGUGAAUUUUGGCCCAUUCCUCCUGACAGAGCUGGUGUAACUGAGUCAGGUUUGUAGGCCUCCUUGCUCGCACACGCUUUUUCAGUUCUGCCCACAAAUUUUCUGUAGGAUUGAGGUCAGGGCUUUGUGAUGGCCACUCCAGUACCUUGACUUUGUUGUCCUUAAACCAUUUUGCCACAACUUUGGAAGUAUGCUUGGGGUCAUUGUCCAUUUGGGAGACCCAUUUGCGACCAAGCUUCAACUUCCUGACUGAUGUCUUGAGAUGUUGCUUCAAUAUAUCCACAUAACUUUCCAUCCUCAUGUUGCCAUCUAUUUUAUGAAGUGCACCAGUCUCUCCUGCAGCAAAGCACCCCCACAACAUGAUGCUGCCACCCCCGUGCUUCAUGGUUGGAAUGGUGUUCUUUGGCUUGCAAGCCUCCCCCUUUUUCCUCCAAACAUAACGAUGGUCAUUAUGGCCAAACAGUUCUAUUUUUCUUUCAUCAGACCAGAGGACAUUUCUUCAAAAAGUAUGAUCUUUGUUCCCAUGUGCAGUUGCAAACCGUAGUCUGGCUUUUUUUAUGGCAGUUUUUGAGCAGUGUCUUCUUCCUUGCUGAGCAGCCUUUCAGGUUAUGUCGAUAUAGGACUCGUUUUACUGUGGAUAUAGAUACUUUUGUGCCUGUUUCACAGAUCUUCGCAAGGUACUUUGCUGUUGUUCUGGGAUUGAUUUGUACUUUUCGCACCAAAGUACGUUCAUCUCUAGGAGACAGAACGCAUCUCCUUUCUGAGCGGUAUGACGGCUGCGUGGUCCCAUGGUGUUUAUACUUGCGUACUAUUGUUUGUACAGAUGAUUGUGGUACCUUCAGGCGUUUGGAAAUUGCUCCCAAGGAUGAACCAGACUUUUUUUUUUUAGGUCUUGGCUGAUUUCUUUUGAUUUUCCCAUGAUGUCAACCAAAGAGGCACUGAGUUUGAAGGUAGGCCUUGAAAUACAUCCACAGGUACACCUCCAAUUGACUCAAAUGAUGUCAAUUAGCCUGUCAGAAGCUUCUAAAGCCAUGACAUCAUUUUCUGGAAUUUUCCAAGCUGUUUAAAGGCACAGCCAACUUAGUGUAUGUAAACUUCUGACCCACUGGAAUUGUGAAUUAUAAGUGAAAUAAUCUGUCUGUAAACAAUUGUUGGAAAAAUUACUUGUGUCAUGCACAAAGUAGAUGACCUAACCGACUUGCCAAAACUAUAGUUUGUUAACAAGAAAUUUGUGUAGUGGUUGAAAAACGAGUUUUAAUGACUCCAACCUAAGUGUAUGUAAACUUCCCAACUUCAACUGUAUAUAUAUAUACAGUGAACGGUAGUGUGUGUAUAUAUAUAUACACACUACCGUUCACUUAGGGGUUCACUUGGGAUUUUUUUGUCCAUUAAAAUAACAUCAAAUUGAUCAGAAAUACAGUGUACACAUUGUUAAUGUUGUAAAUGACUAUUGUAGCUGGAAACGGCAGAUUUUGUAUGGAAUAUCUACAUAGGCGUACAGAGGCCCAUUAUCAGAAACCAUCACUCCUGUGUUCUAAUGGCACGUUGUGUUAGCAAGAGGACCAGUACAUUAGAGUGUCUAGUUUGAGAAACAGACGCCUCACAAGUCCUCAACUGGCAGCUUCAUUAAAUAGUACCCCACAAAACACCAGUCUCAACGUCAACAGUGAAGAGGCGACUCCGGGAUGCUGGCCUUCUAUGCAGAGUUGCAAAGAAAAAGCCAUAUCUCAGACUGGCCAAUAAAAGGAAAAUAUUAAGAUUGGCAAAAGAACAUAGACACUGGACAGAGGAACUCUGCCUAGAAGGCCAGCAUCCUGGAGUCGCCUCUUCACUGUUGACAUUGAGACUGGUGUUUUGCGGAUACUUUUUAAUGAAGCUGCCAGUUGAGGACUUGUGAGGUGCCUGUUUCUCAAAUUAGACACUCUAAUGUACUUGUCCUCUUGCUCAGUUGUGCACCGGGGCCUCCCACUCCUCUUUCUAUUCUGGUUAGGGCCAGUUUGCGCUGUUCUGUGAAGGGAGUAGUACACAGCGUUGUAUGAGAUCUUCAGUUUCUUGGCAAUUCUCGCAUGGAAUAGCCUUCAUUUCUCAGAACAAGAAUAGACUGAUGAGUUUCGGAAGAAAGUUAUUUUUUUCUGGCCAUUUUGAGCCUGUAAUCGAACCCACAAAUGCUGAUGCUCCAGGUACUCAACUAGUCUAAAGAAGGCCAGUUCUUUAAUCAGGACAACAGUUUUCAGCUGUGCUAACAUAAUUGCAAAAGGUUUUUCUAAUGAUCAAUUAGCCUUUUAAAAUGAUAAACUUGGAUUAGCUAACACAAGUACCAUUAGUUGCUGAUAAUGGGCCUCUGUACGCCUGUGUUGAUAUUCCAUAAAAAAUCAGCCGUUUCCAGCUACAAUAGUCAUUUACAACAUUAACAAUGUCUACACUAUAUUUCUGAUCAAUUUUAUGUUAUUGUACAAAUGUUAUGCUAUUGUACAAAACAUUAAGAACACCUUCCUAAUAGAACAGCCUCAAUUUGUCGGGGCAUGGACUCUACAAGGUGCCCAAAGUGUUCCACUGGGAUGCUGGCCCAUGUUGACUCCAAUGUUUCCCACAUUUGUGUGAAGUUGGCUGGAUGUCCUUUGGCUGUGGGACAAUUUUUGAUACACACGGGAAACUAUUGAGUGUGAAAAACCCAGCAGCGUUGCAGUUCUUGGCACAUGGUCAGUCUCUGUCAUGGAAAGAGCAGGUGUUCUUAAUGUUUUGUACACCCGUUUUACAGUUGCAUGGCAGGAAAGUCGACUGGAGGAAGGAAGGCAGGCAAUUGGCAAGUUCAAAAGACUACUUGUAAUUUCAUCUGAUAUUUCAAAUAUUCUUGAUACGUAUGAUGCAUGACGGUUCACCGUGAGUGGUUGUUUAUUUAUGGCUUGUUGAGAUCAACAUAUACGUCCAUUUUUUUGUCUCUUCUUUCUCCCUUUUAUCAGAAUAAACAAAACUUAGCCCUGA